GUGUACGUGGUGGGAGAUUCCGCCAAAAAUGAAACAGAACCGCAGGACAAGAGCUUCAUGUAAUGGGAAUUUACAUGAAAAUCUUGUAGAUAUUACUAAUGAGGCGCAUAUAGUGGAAAGGGCUCGUGUGAAAAGGCGGAAAACCUGUACUGGUAGUGUUUCGCAAAACAGCUCGAGCAGUGUGAAUGAAACAUGGUCAGCUAUUAAUUCGAUGGGACAGGACAUUCUGGAAGAAAUGGGAGUCGGUGAACUUACAGAAGACCCAAAUAGUGACUCCAGCCAAGCCCCUAAGUCUAAUAAGAGAAGUACUGAUAAUGCAGUGAGUGGUGGACAAAGUACAGUGCAAGAAAACAGUUCUGAAGUUCCUGCACAUAGCAAAAAAGUGUGCACCAUGGACGAAGUUAAAACUGACGAUGAUGGUGCCAUUUCCAGUGACUUCUUUCUCUAUCGAAGAGCUCGGUCUUCUGCCAUUGAAGGUGAAGAUAUGUUCAACAAACUAUCAGAUGAGAUGGUCUUAAUGGUGUUCCGUUGGCUACCAAAAAAGACACUUGCACUCACAGCACGUGUCUGUAAGAGAUGGAAAAGGAUUUCCUUAGAUGAAGCAUUAUGGACUCGUAUAGAUCUUGGAUCCCGCGUUUUACAGCCUGGAAGUAUGGAGCAUAUCAUGAAAAGAGGUGUCCUGAUUCUUCGUCUUUCACAGGCAGUUAUUCCUGACCCAGUUUUCCUAUCCAGCAGUCCACUGACAGAAGAAUGCAGACUACAAUAUUUAGACCUUAGUAUGGCUAGUGUUUCUGAAAAAGGAAUGGCCCAGCUCCUGUCAGCAUGUCACUUUCUGCGCAAACUUAGUUUAGAGAACUGUGUUUUGAAUGCUGAUUGCUGUGCAGCCAUUGGUGAGAAUUCUGGUUUGGAAGUCCUUAACAUGUCUGGCUGUGAAGGUGUGAAUGAGGGAGGAAUUACCAGUAUACUCACUGGUUGCUCCAGAUUAUCAUCACUGAAUCUGGCCUGGACUAAUCUCAGUAAAGGUGCACUAGAAAUGUUGUGUUCUAAAGUACCAAAAUCACUCCAAAGACUGAAUAUAAGUGGCUGCAAAAAAACAAUGGAGGAUAAAAAUGUUGAACAGUUAGUUAACAGGUGCCCAGAUCUUGUAGAAUUGGAUUUAAGUGAUUGUAUUAACCUGACUGAUGCUACAUUAACAGCCGUUUGUCAACUAAGUAAAAUAGAGUAUGUUGCUUGCAGUCGUUGUUAUGGUAUAACACCAGCUGGAUAUUACCAGUUAGCAUCAGUUACUUCACUGGCAUACCUGGAUAUAUUCAACCUCUUUCAAAAGCCAGCACUUGCAGCAAUACAGUUAAAACUACCAAAUGUUGAGAUAAACAAGUUCCUUUUCUCAAGUGUUGCCCGCCCUACGGUUGGUAUACGUCGCACUAGUAUAUGGGGCUUACGUGUACGUGACUAACAUGCUGCUUAUUCUUGUGAUUUUGGAUUGUAGUACUUUCAUAGAACAGUAGUUGUGAAAUAUGCUCAAGUAUUGAAUUGAAAGGUCUAUGAUCUCAGUUUCUGUGAAACAGCUUAAGAAUGUGUUCAUACAUAAUAGUUCAAAAGCAAAAGUAUUUCAUAAGGUGUCGUGAAAAUGAAGAAUUUGCAUUUUGAAGUGACAGUAUGUUUAUUUAUUGUUAUUUAAUUUAAGUUAAUAUUUGUUGUACUGCGGUUGAGGAUUGUACAUGUGCGUGGUUUGAAUUUAAGGUCCCUUCCUCCACAAGUCAUAAUAUCAGAUUAACUUACCUUUAGUGCCAGAAGCUUGUACAAAGGUUUAUUCGUAUUUACUGUUUGUACGGACAUAACAAAGUUUAAGAGAUUGUGAUUUACAUGAAGCCUGUUUGUGCAGGGGUAUUCUUUAAUUUUGCACGUUGGUGGCGAUUUUUAACCUAACAGAAUCCAAAUUAAAGUAUCUGUGAUAAAUUUAACAUUGUAUAUUUGCUGCAUACUAUCUGGAAAAAUUUUUUCCCCGAGAGUGACUUUAAUUCAAUAUUUUUGCAGCUUAUUUUUGUUAAUAUGUUGUUAAAAACAUUUUCGUAUUGGCUAUGAAAUCUGUCAUAUUUUUUAGACCUGUUUUAUCUGUAAGUGUGUGUGUGUUUUUUUAAGAAUAAGUUUACAUAAAUUUGUUGCAAACCUUCCAGAAAUAUUCUUUUCAGCUGUGUAAUAUGUUUGUAAAGUGUAAUAUUGAAGUUAACUGCAUAAUUAUCAGCUGAGUAUUUGCAACAACCCCUCAUUUUAUGCUAUUGGUUGUAACAUUUUUUUAUGUUAAAUUUCAGAUGUGUUGUACUGGUUAGUGUAAAUAGAACUGGAUCUAUGUUAUGUGACUGGGUGAUCAUUUGAUCAUAAAGUCUGUGGUAUGUUUGUAAUAAAACCAUUAUUUUGAA